GCCUCCGCCUCACUUUCCACGCCAAGUCCUCGCCUCCAGGUUUUGGCCGUUGCUUAAAUCGCUCCAAUCAGAUGUCAACUCUGCGACAUCACCAUUCAUCUACCUACCAGUACGGAGACUGACCUAGGUUUUCAGCCUGAUCGCCUUACUCAUGAUGCUACGACUCAAGGAUCCAUUCUGGCAGUCGAUAGCAGAAGAGCUACAAGACGUCAAAGAAAAUGAUCCUAUAACCGAGUGUCACAGCGGUGGCUUUGACGACCUCGUCGAUCAGGCCAAGGAACUACUCAACCUGGCGGAUCAAAACUUACAUGUAUUCCCCUUCAAAGACGUGAAACCCUGUUGGUUCCGACUCUAUACUGAUUCGAGUAUUGCUCAAGUCUUGAAGCUCGUUCACAGGGUCGAAAGGCCAAACAAGGUUUUCACUUUCUCACAAUCUCUCCAGCAAAAUCUUGGGAUCAUUGUGCACAAGCUGGACAUGAGUCUGAUUAUGGCAGGUGGCAUGGGCAGGGAGGAUGUCAUUCAGCAGAUACUCGAACACCUGAAACCAUUGUCCCGGCUUGAAAAAUUAGAGGUGGUGCGUCCUGCAAAGAGGAGGCGGCUUGAGGAGUCCACUCGUCAAGAUCAUCUUCAACUCGAUACGCUACCCGAUGAGAGUGUCUCACUUCCCAAACUCCAAUUCCCUGUCCAGCACAUGAACCAACCUGCGUUGGCUACGUUCCAGAAGUAUAUGCAAGAAGAGCGGAAGCCUGUCAUUCUGACCGGGAUCCUUGGGCACUGGCCAGCGCUUGAACACUGGAAGCGUACCUCAUAUUGGCUGGAUCAGACACUAGACGGCCGUCGAUUAGUUCCUGUGGAGAUCGGGCGCAGUUACACAGAUGAAGACUGGGGACAAGACAUUAUGCGUUUCGACAGAUUCCUAACUGACUAUAUCUUACGACGAAGUGAAGCCAAGACUAUGCCAGCAGAAGACAUCAAGACUGGCUACCUUGCGCAACAUGAUUUGCUUAAACAGAUUCCGGCCUUGCGAGGCGACAUUGCCACGCCCGACUAUUGUUUUCUCGAUGCACCCCCAGCUGAGUCUGGCACACCAGUUGCACUGGCCAAAGCGAAGGGACCUGCCAAAACUAGCCAUCCGAGCAAGAUCCCAACAGUUGCCUCCUCGUUACCCUUCGGCUCUAACGACGACGAUGACCAGAGUGCUGCCGAUCUCGAUACUGAUGUUCAAACAAACAUCUGGUUCGGACCGUCCUGGACCAUAUCUCCACUUCAUCACGACCCUUAUCAUAAUAUCCUUUGUCAGGUUGUUGGCAGGAAGUACAUCAGGCUAUACUCGCCGCACGAUAGUGCGUCACUUCUGCCGAGACCUAAGGACGAGCCAGCACCCCAUAGUUCACAACCACAGAACGGCCUUUAUGAUGACGACAAGGUUUUGGAAACCAUCGACGGCGGAGAAACAAUUGACAUGUCCAAUACUUCCCAAAUCGAUGUUGCGGCCAUGGAGCUGUCGCCACACGAAGAUUGGGACGAAGUGUAUCCCGGAAUCAGUACGAUACCCUACGUCGAAUGUAUCCUUGAGGCUGGUCAGGCCCUCUAUGUCCCAGUUGGCUGGUGGCACUAUGUGAGAAGUUGCUCAGUCGGCAUCAGCGUCAGUUUCUGGUGGUAGGCUGCCAGUUUUAACCAGAGGUGCUGCUAAUGCCUGUCACUUUUCUCCAGGAAUCGAGACUUCAGAUCUCCGUCUUUUCCUCGCUGUGAUGUUCCCAGUGCGCAUAUCAGCCUUUGCUUCUCUAGUGUCGCGAAUCCCGUGGGCAGACCAGCUUGGGGCAGCUUCCACUAACCCAAUUCGUUCGGCUCGGCCAGGUUCCCACCGUCAAGUUCUUGCCGAAACAAAUUGGAAAAGCACCACGCAUGAUCACGCCUGAGAGGAGAUCGCCAGUGGUAACACACCAACGAGGCUGAG